GAUGGCGAAGGACGCGAGCACACCGACACCAUGCACUACUGAAGGGACGGGGGCCAUAACAUUUCAAAAAAAAUACAAAACUUUAUAAAACCGAAAAAGGAAAGAAAAAAAAUCAGAAAAGAACGCAAAGAAAAUUAAUCAAGAUAACAACAGAACUUUUCCAAUGAGAGCAAUUCUGUGUACACUGCUCCGCUAUAUCAGAUAGAUGAUUUGUCCACACGCUUGCACGUAUAAUGAACGCCCAGCUGUCGAUGGAGAACAUUGGCGAUCUGCACGGAGUGAGCCAUGAACCGGUCCUAAGCGCGGCGGAUUUCAUGACCGGAGACAGGAGCCAUCGGAGCAGUCUGUCAGCCCAUGCGCGCUCCAUGGGCAUGGCAUCAAUCCUGGACAGCGGCGACUAUCAUCACCACCGGCCCCCGGAGCACCCCGGGCUCGCCACGCACCUGCACCCGGCCAUGAGCAUGGCGUGCGACGCUCCCCCCGGGAUGAGCAUGAGCAGCUCUUACACCACCCUCACCCCGCUGCAGCCCUUACCGCCCAUCUCCACCGUCUCCGACAAAUUCCCGCACCACCAUCAUCACCACCACCACCAUCAUCACCCGCACCAAAGGAUCCCGGGGAACGUCAGCGGGAGCUUCACCUUGAUGAGGGACGAUAGGGGUCUGGCCCCGAUUAACAACCUCUACUCUCCCUACCACAAGGAUGUGGCCAGCAUGGGACAGAGCCUAUCGCCGCUGUCUGGAUCCGGACUGAGCGGCAUUCACAACUCCCAGCAGGGGCUGCCGCCCUACGCGCACCCCGGAGCCACCAUGCCCGCCGAGAAGAUGCUCACACCCAACGGAUUCGAGGCACACCACCCCGCGAUGUUGGCUCGAUGCGGGGAGCAGCACAUGAGCGCUUCUUCGGCGAGCAUGGUGCAGAUCAACGGCAUCCACCAUCAUCCGCACACCCAUCUCAACGUCCAGGGCCACGGGCAGGUGCUGGGCUCCACUCGGGAGCAGAACCACUCAUCCGCGCCCGGAUCGCAGCUCAACAACGGCAGCAGUUCGGGACAGAUGGAAGAGGUCAAUACCAAAGAAGUGGCACAGAGGAUCACCACGGAACUGAAAAGAUACAGCAUCCCGCAGGCUAUCUUCGCCCAGAGGGUACUGUGCCGCUCGCAAGGGACGCUUUCGGACCUGCUCCGGAACCCUAAGCCCUGGAGCAAACUUAAGUCUGGCCGGGAAACCUUCCGCAGGAUGUGGAAAUGGUUGCAGGAGCCUGAGUUCCAGAGAAUGUCCGCGCUCAGGCUCGCAGGUGAGAGAACAAUAGCAUGCAAGAGAAAGGAGCAGGAGCAUGGUAAAAGCGAGCGAGGGAGCAUCUCCAAGAAGUCCCGGCUGGUCUUCACUGAUGUCCAGCGUCGGACUUUACAUGCAAUAUUCAAAGAGAACAAGCGCCCAUCCAAAGAGUUACAAAUCACCAUCUCUCAGCAGCUGGGCCUGGAGCUCACCACCGUCAGCAAUUUCUUCAUGAACGCGCGUCGACGGAGCCUCGAUAAGUGGCUGGAUGACUGCAGCUCCAACUCGGCCAACUCCUCCUCCUCCAGCACUUGUACCAAAGCAUGAUGGAGUAGUGGCUGCAUUAUGGGAAAAAAAGGAAAAAAAAACUUCGGUGGAAAAGCUUUAAACAAAGAAAACGAGACAAUUUUAGACAGCGUUUGCCCUUAAAACUUGUACAGUACCGAUAUUUAUAAUAUCCAAAGAAAAACACCAAAGACUGCUUUGACGCCUAUUUAGGACUUUCUUCGUUCAUGUCAGACAUUCUGCAAAAAAAAAAAAAA